AUCCGCGUUGGAGAAUUCCUACAUGAAAAUUAAUAUUAGGUUCACAAAAAAAAAAAUAGUUCCUAAUUGAUAUGGGCUUAGAAGGGCCAUCAUGAGUGAAAAUGGGCCUUCUUGCUGUUUGAUUCUUCAAUGAGGAACGCGGGAGCUCAGUUAUACCUGAAUACUCUUCUAAAACCAGACGGAUGUGAUACGUAGUACUCGCUAUUAGCUCGUCUCUGUCUCCCUGCUUCAUCAAGUUCUCCAAAAUGAAAUUCCUUAAUUUCAGAUUUAUUCAUUUUUUUGUUCUCCGAAACAAUCCAACCAACAGAAUAGCUUCAUCUUCAUACUCUGCUCAGGCUUACUUUCACAGACCUGUUAUUGGGAAGUUUUUUUUCAAAUCGAACGACAAAGAUGAUGAUUUCAUAAAACGUCUAUGCAGAGAAAAUAAGUUCAAAGAAGCCAUAGACAUCUUAUGCGAGCAGAAACGCUUGAAUGAAGCGAUCCAAAUGCUUGAUCGCAUCGGAAAACCCUCCGCUUUGGUCUACUCGACUCUUAUACAGUUUUGCAGUCGUAACCGAGCUCUCGACGCGGGUAAAAGGGUGCAUGAGCACUUCAAAGUAUCCGGGUUCGUGCCUGGUGUAAUUAUAUGUAAUCGUCUCCUUAACAUGUAUGUAAAAUGCGACGAUUUAGUGGGUGCCCAGAAGUUGUUUGAUGAUAUGGCGGAAAGGGACCUCUGUUCUUGGAAUACUAUGAUUUCUGGAUAUGCAAAAGAAGGGUUGAUUGAGAAAGCAAGAGAUUUGUUCGAAGGAAUGCCUGAAAGAGACAAUUUUUCUUGGACAGCAAUGAUAUCUGGUUUUGUUCGAUGUGACCGGCCAAAUGAUGCCUUAGAACUAUAUAGAACUAUGCAAAAUUUUGAAAAUUCUAAGUCAAAUAAGUUUACAUUGUCUAGUGCCCUUGCUGCAGCAGCUGCGAUUUCACGCUUACGUAUAGGAAAGGAGAUUCAUGGUCAUAUAACACGCAUGGGCUUGGAUUCCGAUGAGGUAGUUUGGAGUGCCUUAUCGGAUAUGUAUGGAAAAUGUGGCAGUAUAGAGGAAGCAAGAUACAUUUUUGACAAGAUGGGGGAAAGGGACGUUGUUACAUGGACAGCUAUGAUUGACAGAUACUUUCAGGAUGGGAGGAGGGAAGAGGGAUUUGAACUGUUCUCAGAUUUGUUGCGUUCUGGUAUGAGGCCUAACGAGUUUACAUUUUCUGGGGUAUUAAAUGCGUGCGCUGAUAUUGCUGCAGAAGAAUUGGGGGGACAGGUUCAUGGGUACAUGACUAGAACUGGGUUUGAUCUAUUUUCAUUUGCAGCUGCUUCCCUUGUCCAUAUGUAUUCGAAGUGUGGGAACAUAGAGACUGCAAAAAGGGUAUUUCUAGGGAUGCCUCAACCCGACUUGGUUUCCUGGACUUCCUUGAUUGCAGGUUGCGCUCAUCAUGGGCAACCUGGUGAGGCUUUGCCGUUAUUUGAGCUGCUACUCCAUUCGGGUAUUAAACCUGAUCACAUUACCUUUGUCGGGGUUCUUUCUGCUUGUACUCAUGCUGGAUUAGUUGAUAAGGGGCUUCAAUAUUUUCACUCGAUAAAGGAGAAACAUGGGUUAGCACAGACGACAGAUCAUUAUGCUUGUAUAAUUGAUUUAUUAGCCCGAUCUGGCAGAUUUGUUGAAGCUGAGGAUAUGAUUAGCAGGAUGCCACUGAAACCUGAUAGAUUUUUGUGGGCUUCCUUAUUAGGUGGUUGUAGAAUUCAUGGAAAUGUGGAACUUGCAAAACAAGCAGCAGAUGCUUUAUUUGAGAUAGAACCCGAGAAUCCAGCUACUUAUGUUACAAUGGCCAACAUUUACGCCACUGCGGGUAGGUGGGAUGAAGUAGCGAAAAUUAGAAGAGUUAUGGAUGAGCGGGGAGUGGUAAAAAAACCAGGCGUGAGUUGGACUGAGAUUAAGAGAGAGGUGCAUGUAUUCUUAGUGGGAGAUACUUCCCACCCAAAUUCCAAGGAAAUACAGGAGUUUUUGGGAAAGCUUUCAAGAAGGAUGAAGGAAGAGGGCUUUGUUCCUAACACCAAUUUUGUGUUGCAUGAUGUGGAGGAGGAGCAAAAGGAGCAAAAUCUUUCCUAUCACAGUGAGAAGCUUGCUGUUGCUUUUGCAAUCAUUGCUACUCCUCCAGGGACACCAAUCAAGGUUUUUAAGAAUUUAAGGACUUGUGUAGACUGCCAUACUGCUAUCAAAUAUAUCUCAAAGAUUACUGAUAGAAAAAUAAUGGUCAGGGAUUCAAAUAGGUUCCAUUGUUUUGAGAAUGGGAACUGUUCUUGUAGAGAAUAUUGGUGAUGGAAAGCUAAUAACAUAUCAUAUUUUUAUUCAACACAGUUGAAUCGAAUUUCAAGUUUCAUGCAAUGGUGAGUUCUUUUUCUAGUUUUGGCAAGCAGUCACGCGUAUCUGUAUAAUGCUAUGUGAGCGUAUCUGGGUUCUCUCUUAAACCAUCUGUAUUGUUCAUUACACAAUGUGAUUAUUAUGUAGAAUAGUGGCAAGUUAAUUACAAGCAAACCGAGUAGUACGAU